AUGGCGCCCAAGGCAGAGGAGAAGAGCUCGCUGAAGCGCGCGCGGGUGAGUUUUCUCUCAGCAAUCAUCAUUCGCUUGUAUGCUGAGACCGCAUACAGAUGUCAAGCAGCAACGACGCCGAGUCCAAGAAACCUAGACGAUCUGCGAGACUGUCGGUUGGCGGAGGAGCAGAAGGACAAGAUGUCGCGGAGCAAGUGAAGCAAGGCCCCUUUCCGUCGCCCAUCACGCAUCAAGGCAGCGCUACAACAGACGAACAAGGCGCUGAGCCUGGAAGUCCGAGUUCUCGUGAAACGAAGUACCAAGACCGGGCUACGCCGCCUUCAGAUCCUCCUCCACCGUCGCAGCUAAAUGGGGUUCUUUCAUCUCCGCCGAACGAUACACAGCCGUAUUCGCAAUUCUUGCCGCCGCCGCCUGUGUCGUACGAGGUGGAGAAUGAGGAGGCCGAGGGCGUAUGGGGAUACUUGGUUCCGGCGUCUGGUUUCGACGAACCGCUGGUGUUGAAGAAGAGAGCCGCUUGCCCUGUACCGUUCGACAAGUAUGCACGACCCAAUGGCAACAAGAAGGCGCCCAAGAAGAAGUAUGUGGAGGAAGAAGAGAAGUAUGAAGAAGUCAAGAGCACGCAGGGUGUUCCCGCUGGAGGCUAUUUGAUAGGGAGACAUCCAGAAUGCGAUCGCAUCAUCAAUCAGCCCACUGUGAGCAACAGGCAUUGCCUGGUGUUUUCAGAAAACAAGGGCGGCGAGACGAUUGCUGUUCUGGAAGAUCUGAGCGGAAAUGGGACGUAUGUCAACGAAGGCUUUGUCGGGCGCAACAAGAGACGAGAACUCCAAGAUGGCGAUGAGAUUUCUGUUGUGAACGAGGCGCGCUUCAUCUUCAGAUAUCCGCGCAAGGUGGAAGGUACUGGAUUCAAGCAACAGUACACGAUCCUGGGAAAACUGGGCAAGGGUCACUUUGCGACUGUCUAUCUUGCGCUGGAGAAGGCUACCGGCAUCAGAUAUGCUGUGAAGAAGUUUGAGAAGCGCAGUGGGCCUGGGGAAAGAAGCAAAGUCGAUGGUCUGCAGCAAGAGAUUGCAGUUCUCAUGGGAGUCAGCCACCCGAAUGUGCUGUGUUUGAAGGAUACGUAUGAUGAGGCAGACGGCGUGUAUCUGGUCUUAGAAUUGGCGUCGGAAGGCGAGCUUUUCAACUGGAUCGUCAUGAAGCAAAAGCUCACGGAGGCCGAGACGCGCAAGGUGUUCAUUCAGCUAUUCCAAGGAAUCAAGUAUCUCGUAAGUGUUCCGACGCAAGCAUUCGGAUCGAGACGUUGACAAUUUGACUGCAGCACGAGCGCAAUAUCGUCCACCGCGAUAUCAAGCCGGAGAACAUCUUGCUCAUCGACAAGCAGCUGAACGUAAAGAUCGCGGACUUUGGACUUGCUAAGAUCAUUGGAGAAGAGUCAUUCACAACGACACUCUGUGGCACGCCUUCCUACGUGGCACCCGAGAUAUUGGAACAGUCGAAUCGCAGACGCUACACAAGAGCAGUCGAUGUGUGGAGCUUGGGCGUUGUGCUGUACAUCUGUCUUUGUGGCUUCCCGCCGUUCUCGGACGAGCUCUAUUCGCCCGAGAAUCCAUACACCCUCAGCCAACAGAUCAAGAUGGGUCGAUUUGACUACCCAUCUCCAUACUGGGACUCCGUCGGGGAUCCAGCACUCGAUCUCAUCGACCGCAUGCUCACGGUUGAAGUGGAGAAGCGCAUCACCAUCGACGAAUGCCUAGAACAUCCCUGGACCACAGCGCGCCCUAUCAGUGUCACCGAUAGCACCGAUGGCUUGACUGGCGCGCUGGCAGAUCUAGAUUUCUCCAGGCGUAAGCCUCAGCGCGAGCGGACCAUGCUUUCGACUAUCAACGACGUUAAAGUGGAGCGGGUCAUUGAGACGCAGCAUGAUGGCCCGCCUGUCAAGGUUUUUGAGAAGAACAACCAGCCUAUGUUCUACACGCAGCGUCCGGCAAGUCAGCAGCAGGCUGCAAGGAUGGCGAAGGAGCAACAAAAGAAGAAGGAGGCUCUUGGGCACGUGGAGAAGACGGUGGAGCCUGCUCCGGAUGGAGCCAGAGAUCCCAAAGGUACGUGCGUUGACAGAAGUGCGACUUGAAGCUUUUGUUGAUAUUUAUUAGAAUUCAUUGAAAUGGGUGGCAAGGGCGAUCAGAUUCUGUAUGAUGACACCGCAGGCGAGAGUCGCUAUCCGGAUGAGACGAUGAAAGCAGGCGCUCCCCAAGACGGGGAGGAAUGA